UGGGGGCGGACGCAUAGCAUAGUUAAUGUACCAGAACCUUGUUUUUGUCGAAACAAAUUUAAAACAAGAAUUAGCCGGGAUCAUUUUUUUAUCAAUUAAGUUAGCUGAAAGUCAAUCAACUUCUAAAUUUUCCUAGAAGUGGAUAUUACUUCAGGUUAUAACAAUGCCAAAGAAGAACCACUACCGUAAGCUAGCUCAGGGUCUUUCAAAUUGAAAUACCCUGGCUAGCUGAAUAGUUAAAGGCACAUUAUGCCUCAGAAAUCCAUUUUUUUUAAUUCUUAAGAAACGUCGGCCAUGUGUUUAAUAAUGUUUAAAUAAUAGAUUAAGGACAUGUUAGAUGUUUUACACCAACACAAAUUGCGCUGAACAUGCAGUUAUGCGUCGUAAAGGUAGAAAAAAGUAAACAAAGUAGUAUUUUGACUUCAUUACAAAAUAAUAAUUCACUAUAAUUAUACCAAUUGCCAACAGAACUUAAGAUGCAAAAACAUAGUUAAAGUAUAUAGCAAAUUAGUAUGUUUUUGGAAACUGUUACAAGAUACCAAAAGUAAACAGUAUUUUUGAAAUAUGAAUAAUAGAAUUUCUGAGACAUAAUGUGCCUUUAAAGCAUGUCACCGGUACAAAGAAAUAUGGAGUCCGAUUCCGAGCCUGAUCGAAAUUUUCAGGGUAAUGUACAAACAUGUAAACUAAAAUGUGCACCCGAAAAUGCACCCGGGGGCACGCAAUCAUUUAAUGACAUUUAACACUCGUGCAUGCGCUAAUGAUUUGAAUUUCCUUGAUUUCGAUGAUUUUUAAAUUGUGUACGUGAACAUUCAUCAGAAACCUGCAUUUUAUAUGGAACUCAACUACAAUUUAGAACUCUACCGUGCAUGUUCUGAAGUCUGAAAUUUCGUGAAAAUUAUGUAUGUAGACACGGUGCACUUAAAAUGAACCAGAGCCACCAUUCACCAUGCAUAUUUCAUUUUUCUCCUGGUGGGAUCCAGACCGACGUAAAAAGGGGAGUUUAAUUGAUGGUUGAUACAUACAUUUAGCACCCCAGUCGAAAAUUUCUUGACCCGGCCCUGUAAGAACAGUAUUUUCACGUUAAACCGUGAUAGUAUUUGUAUAACAUAAAGUUGACGCUCGUUAUGUAACCUAGGUAAUAUGACAAGAUUGUUAACAAGGAAGUUAUGUCAUAAAAACAAAAUCAAAAGAAGAAGUAAAAUCAUCGGAGACAGACCUCGACAAUAUUUACCAAAUACAUAGAUUUAUCUUCGGAGAGAUAAGGGAGUAUUACAUAAACUUCAUACUCAUCUUUAUAGUGACAGAUCUUGGGGUGUCGGUGGCGUGCACGAUGAGUUCUCAAGCAUUUUUUCCAACGUUUCAGACACAAUGGAAUCCGAUGGAUAUGAUUGUUUAUCGUGUACUUAGACCUGAUGAAAACCCGGAAUAUUUAAUAGCUAAAGACCCAUUUGCUAAGUACUCCGUGUAUGAUCACGUCUCAAACGGAUAUUUGAACACUCAGUUUAUUUCAACAUGUAAAUCAAAGGCUGCAGUUAAGUACUUUGCAGAACUGGGAAAACCAUAUGCAAAGACACAUGGUACAACUGGAUUAAGGAAGAUAGUGUCUAUCAACUUGACCAAACUAAUGCAACUCGUUCCAAGUAAGAUUAUUGAUUUGACUCUGCCAGGUGAGCUCAACAGUUAUAUACCAAUUAUACCACCAUAUAUUCCAGGGAGCAAAUUUCAUAGUAAAGCCAGGAACUGUGCUACACAGGUUCAAGAGGUUUUGAUAAAGCUUCGGGUGAUCGAAACGGUGAAUACCACACCUAUACCAGCAGAGUGUGUGACUUUAUUAGGUUGUGUAUAAAACAUUCUGAUCAUAAUACUAUAUAUGAGGCUCCCUUUGAAAAUUCUAAUUAUUUGUUUUUACUUAUAUAAAGUGAUUAUAGUCUAAUAAAAAAAGAAAAAUAGAGGCUUGGUUAAAAUGAAUCGAUUAACAAUUAAAGUUUUCAUUGUUCACAUUGAAAAAAGUGUAAAUUUAAUGCAAAAAAAGUUCAGAAAAUGAAGAGUGAUGCGAUAAUCGAUGAUGAUAUCGAUACUUUUUAACCGUUCUUCAUCAUUAACAGUCAAUCAGUUGAAUAAUGCAGGUAUAAACGAACAAUAUUGACAUAUUCGCAUCUCUUGAAAUAACAGACACAUAUUUUAAUUGCAUUAAUUAUUUGUUUAUUUAACCAACCUAAUUAAUAGCUUUUGAUUUGUUAACAUUAAAUCAUAAUACAAGUAUGUAAAUAUAUAGUAUGCGGCUAAUAAUUGUUGUCUUUUGAUAU